AGCAGCAGCUAUUCCAAGGUGACAGACGGCGAGAAAGGUUCCAACUGCUGCAGCCAAUCAGCUGCUUCCACCUCCUGGGUCAUGUGAUCAGGAUAUCCUGAAGAACGGCAGGGACUGAGUCACCAUCUCGAACGGUGACAACAUGGUGUAUAUCGCGAACGGACAAGUGUUGGAUGGCCAGCAGAGAUCUCCAUGGAGGCUGUCCUUUAUCACAGACCUGUUCUGGGGAAUCACAGACUUUGUUGUCUUGUUCUUUCAGAGUAUGGUUCGACCUGACCUGACAAGAAGGGGGGGCUCGAGCUCCAUAUCAAGCUCAAGAUAUGAUGAUGGAAGAGGUCCUCCAGGAAAUCCAAGGCGUAGAAUGGGACGAAUAAACCAUGGCUCUGGCCCCAGCCCACCACCGAUGGCAGGAGGUGGAUGAGGAAGGUAAACGCCUGCUCCUGGAAGCAGGCAACAAGAGAAGAACAUGAAGCAGUGAAAGGAGCAAAAAGAAAGAGCACAUUAUCCUGUUCAUGGUUUUUCUCUACCUGUGCGACGCUCUGCAGCCUUGUAGACGUAUGAUGUUAUUCUGGGCAAUCCUUAUCCAGGAUCCAGCAUGACUGAUGAAGCAUAUGUAAAACUGUAAAUUUACUUUUUGUAGUACUCUGUGUCUUAUUUGACUGAAGUUAGAACAUGGGCAAAGUAUGAUCGGAAGGGUUGGGAUGCCAACUGUGUAAUCCCAUCGUCUACGACAUCUGAAGUGAAUCUGAAGAUGACUCUUGAAUCCGUCAAUAGCACAAUGCCACUUUGCAUGUCAUAUUAUUUAUUUUUUAUGGUACAUUAUUGGUUCUUCAUGUAGGCCUUACCAGCAUUGUAAUAGUUUCUGAUAUACUGUCCUAAUAGUGAGCCACCAUUAGGGCUGGGUGGUAUACCGGUUCAUACCGAAUACCGAAAUUUUUGUGCUGCACGAUAUGAAUUUUAACCUAUACCACAAUUCCGGUUUGGCCCCUCCCCCUCGGGAAAGAAUGAAUUAUCAGCCCAGCGCUGUGCUGUCCCCAUCAGGGAACUAAUCAUAUGUAACCCGCGAGCGCUGUUCUGCCCCCCUCCAAUUAUCAGCCCAGCGCUACUACUCACAUAUGUCACCCGCAAGCGCUGCCCUCCUGGUCCUCCUGUUUGUUGCGACCGCCGGCGCUGACACUCUAUACCAGUGGUCUUCGACCUCCAGAUGUUGCAAAACUACAACUCCCAGCAUGCCCGGACAGCCGUUGGCUGUCCGGGCUUGCUGGGAGUUAUAGUUUUGCAACAUUUGGAGGUCUGCAGAUUGCAAACCACUGCUCUAUACUGUAUCCCUAUGCCCGGGCUGCAAAAGGUAAACAAAAUAAACUUUAACUCACCUUCCCCGUCGGUCCGGACUUGCUUCCCAGGGAAU